GCGCAGAGAGGAGGAACAUGUCCGCCGUGCAGCUGCUGCGGUUGUCGGUACAUGGGCGGAUCAGCGCUGCCGCUGAAGACUUCCUGCUGCAGGUGGAGAAAGGAGGAGGAAAGGCUGAAGUCCCGACGAUGAGAGCGAUGCUAACCGAGCGGCUCACGGCGGCGGGGGAGGAGAUCCUCGCGGGGCUUGAGGAAACCUUGGCAGAGUACGAGCACCGAGUGGAGCUGUCCGAGCGGGAGAUCUGCAGCCAGAGGAGGCUGCUCGAUGCCGUGAUGCAGCCCGUAGUCCGGCUGUACAGAGCAGUGUGUCCUGCAGACGUCCAGCAACUGAUGGUGAAUAAAGAAGAGGUUCCCCCUGAGCAGCAGCAGUGGAGCCCCCUUGUGGACCAGGAGGACCCAGAGCCCCCCCACAUUAAAGAGGAACAGGAGGAACCGUGGACCAAUCAGGAUGGACAGCAGCUUCAAGGACUGGAGGAGGCUGAUAUCAAGUUCACAUUGACUCCUGUCGCUGUGAAGAGUGAAGAAGAUGAGGAGAAACUUAAAUCGUCAACGCUUCAUCCGGGUGAGACUAAAGAGAACAGAGCGGACUGUGGAGGACCAGAACCAGUCAGGAACUCGGGUCCUGAUAGACGUUUACAACAAGGUACUGAGGACAAGACUGAAAACUCUUCUGACACUGAACACAGUGAGGAUGAUUGGAUGGAGACCAGGGAACCUCAGACUGGUUUAAAUACAAGAAAUACCAAGCAGCCUCUAAGUGGUAUGGGAUGUAAGACAGAAAAAAAAUCGUUAAGUUGCUCUGAGUGUGGUGAAAGAUUUAGUCGGAGUGACCAUCUAAAUAUACAUAUGAGGCGUCAUACAGGAGAGAAACCGUUUAGUUGCUCUGAGUGUGGUAAAAGAUUUAACCAAAGGGGCAGUCUAAAUUCACAUAUGAGGAUUCAUACAGGAGAGAAACCGUUUAGUUGCUCUGAGUGUGGUCAAAGAUUUAACCAAAGAAGCAAUCUAAAUACACAUAUUAGGAUUCAUACAGGAGAGAAACCGUUUAGUUGCUCUGAGUGUGGUGAAAGAUUUAACCAAAGGGGAAGUCUAAAUUCACACAUGAGGAUUCAUACAGGAGAGAAACCGUUUAGUUGCUCUGAGUGUGGUAAAAGAUUUACCGAAAGGGGAAGUCUAAAUACACACAUGAGGAUUCAUACAGAAGAGAAACCGUUUAGUUGCUUUGAGUGUGGUAAAAGAUUUACCGCAAGGGGAAGUCUAAAUAGACAUAUGAGGAGUCAUACAGGAGAGAAACCGUUUAAUUGGAGUGUGGUGAAAGAUUUCAGAUUCAGUCCUAUGGUACGAGACGUGAGGAUUCAUAAAGGAGACAAGUGAUUCAGUUGCAACCUUUGCAACAACAAAAAAUUGGAUUUAUGAGCAGAUAUUCAUAUUAUACAUAUUCAUAGUUCACUGCUUUAAAUAGACUAUUCACUUUUUGUAUGUCCCUAGAAAACAUUACUCAUUGAAUAAUAUGAAAGAUUUGUGUUUAUAUAUUUUGAUUCUACUUAUUUCAACAUCAUUUAUGUAUUUUUCAUAAUGUCCUUCAUGUCAUUUUAAGGUUAAAUUGUCUUCCUUGCACAGUAUGAAUAUGUGUUCUUUACUAGUUGAUAUGAUUAAAUAUGUUUGUUUUAAAACAAUGGUUUCUUGGUCCGUUAGAUUCAAUGACAGUGUGUGUUCUCCUUUAUGUAUUGAAUGUGUUUCCAAGAAUUAAAGUUGAGUAAAAAGAUAA